GUGUGUUAGUAACCGGAAGGGGGCGUGGUUAGGGAGGCCGGUGUCCCUCGGUUCGUGUCGUAGAUUUUGUACCGUUGGCCGCUCUGUUCCUGUUUGCCGGUGUGAGGGAGUGAGCGCGGAGAGAUGCCGUGUGCGGGAGAGCUGUGAGGCCGGGAGACGCAGCACACACGGAGACACCAUGGAGCAGGAGUUCAGGGAGAUUGACGAUGAGAACCGCUGGAGCCCGCUUUAUGUAGAAAUAAGAUAUAAAUCUCCUGUAUUGUCCAAUAAGAUUGCAAAGAAUCCAGAAAACAAGAGUCGGAACAGAUACAGAGAUGUUAACCCAUAUGAUCACAGCCGUGUGAAACUUCAAAAUGUGGAAAAUGAUUAUAUCAAUGCCAGUCUGGUUGUUGUUGAAGAAGCCCAAAGAAAUUACAUUCUAACACAGGGCCCGCUUCCUAAUACAUGCUGUCAUUUCUGGUUAAUGGUCUGGCAACAAAAAAGUCGUGCAAUUGUGAUGCUGAACCGAAUCAUUGAAAAGGAUGCGGUCAAAUGUGCACAGUACUGGCCCACACCUGAGGAGGAAGUCCUGCUAUUCAAGGAAACUGGGCUUUAUGUGAAAUUGUUGUCUGAAGAUAUUAAAUCCUACUACACGGUGCGAGUGCUGCAGUUACAGAAUAUUAAUACAUCAGAAGUAAGAGAGAUUUAUCAUUUCCAUUAUACCACGUGGCCGGACUUUGGAGUACCUGAAUCUCCAGCCUCAUUCCUAAAUUUUUUGUUUAAAGUUCGUGAUUCGGGCUCCUUGGGUCCUGCCUACGGCCCGUGCGUUGUCCACUGCAGUGCAGGUAUAGGGCGUUCUGGAACGUUUUCAUUGGUCGACACUUGUCUUGUUUUGAUGGAAAAAAGAGAGGAUCCAUCUUCAGUGGACAUUAAGGAAGUAUUGCUGAAUAUGCGAAGUUAUAGAAUGGGAUUAAUUCAGACGCCAGGUCAACUAAGAUUCUCAUACAUGGCUGUAAUCGAGGGUGCAAAAUAUAUAAUGGGGGACUCAAAUAUACAAAACAAGUGGAAGGAACUUUCCAAAGAAGAUCAUUCCCCAAAAGCAGAAAAAUGUCCAUCUCUCCAGAGACCUACUGGGGAGAGGUACAACGGGAACAGGGUUUCUGUGGAGGAGCAAGAGCAAACUGAGAAAAAUUCUGACAUGUGUAUUAAACCUUAUGAAACUUCAGAUGCCGAUGCGGAAAGUAUGGUUAGAAAAAGGGUGCGAGAAGAUCGGAAAGCAAUCACGUCACAGAAGGUGCAGCAGAUGAAACAGAAGCUGAACGAAGUGGAACGGAAAAGAAAAAGGCCAAGGCUCCUCGAUACCUAAUCUCCACGGCUUGUGAUUAUUCUGCAGCAAUUACACUGCGAAACCAUUGACAUGCAAAGCAAGAUAUGAAACCCUCUUCAGGAGAAAUUGUGAGGUUUAUUAUUGAGCUGACCUCAUUAUGUUAUCUGUUUACCACGUAAACUACCCCAACCAGGAGGGUGAAGACCGUCACCAGCAUGAGACUUUACAGAACAAGCUCACGUGUUGUCAGGUGUUUGUUUUUUGUUUUUUUAAAUGCAUGUACUGUAGAAAUCGAUGUAAGAUACAUUAGCAGAGUACUUUGUAUCAUUCUGCCAUUCACAUUGUAUUUUUAUACUUUUUGGCAGCAUUAAAUAUUUUUCUAAAAUGACAACGUUCUCUUCAUUGUUCCCCUGUUUCUUUUAUAAUUGUCACCCAGACCUUUUUGCCAAACUACAGGUUUUGUUUAUCUUAACCCCUUAAGGACCAAACUUCUGUAAUAAAAGGGAAUCAUGACAUGUCACACAUGUCAUGUGUCCUUAAGGGGUUAAAGGUGUCUUCAAUAUCAUUGAACUCUCUAUUAGAAAAAUGGUGAAUCACUGUGUUGCCAAGUUUGGAUGACGAACUGCAAAUACAGCAGUGAUAUUGGCUACUUGAAAUCUCAGCAGCUCAUCCGGUAGCAUGUCCAGCACUUUUCAGAAUUUGUGUACGUUUUGGUUUUUGAUCAGGCCGUCCACUACCAUAGGCAAAGAUACAUUUGGUCUUCAAUUUUAAAGGGGAACCACCACUUCUCUGGAAAAUGUUACCAUUUAAAUCAAAUGUUUCAAAUCAAAGCCUUGUCUUAACCAUUUUUAUCAUGUGAAGCUCCAUUUGCUGUUAAAUUUAUAUUAAAAGAUUUAGCAAUUGACAUCACCGUUCAGUCAAAGCACACCAGAGGUUUUCUCUUGAAAUAAAGAGAAAUAAAAACAGUUAUUUAUUUUUCUAUUUACUGCCGGGUGCAAAAACAAAGAAUGUCCAACACUCAUAGUGAAAUAUGAUUUAUUGGCAACCCAAAGAAGAAAUGUUUUGAUUGUGUAUUUAUCAAGCUAUUUAAUCUUCUAAUCACAUGGUCCACUAAGUGGCAUAUCAAGCCCAUUCAAAGUUCUAGUUUCCAUAGUGAAAGUAACCAUAGUGAUGUAAACAACAACAAUAAACAAAGUGCGAUGUGCUAACAAAAAACGUCCCAUGGGUUAAUAUUGGAAAUGAUAAAGUGCAUACAAGAUAAUAUAAUUCAUUGCAAAAUAUAAAUGUUCUAAAAAUAAAGUGUAUAUUUGUACCUAAAAUGAAGUGUGCAUUAAAAAAAAUAGAAAAUA